UAGUCGGACAGUAGUAGAAAAAAAAUCUGGUUGCCAUGAAUUUCAGCUAGCUAGCCACCGACAACUGAGAGUACACUUGAGUAAAACCAUCCAUGUCAAGACACAAGAAGGAUUUUCGAAGUCUUGCGCUGCUUCUGUGUACAUAUAGGGGUACACCAGCCUGCCUGCCGUCCUACUGUGAAUCGAUCCAGCUGGCUCAGUGACGAGACCAGACGACCUUGGCACCAUUGUGUGCCAGUUCAUUUCAAGACCCAGGGAUUUCUGAAUCCAGAAGAUGAACGGUCUGUCCAUACGAGAGCUAUGCUGCCUGUUCUGCUGCCCCCCGUGCCCGAGUCGCAUUGCAGCCAAACUGGCUUUCCUCCCUCCAGAGCCCACCUAUGCCCUUCUCCCUGACCCAGAUCCAGGUUCUGGAGCUGGAACUGCUUCUGGGUCUGCCUCUGGAGCUGCUCUGCCAUCUCUUGGAGCCCCAGGGCUGCGUUCCCGGCUGAGCACUGGUAGUGGCGGUGACAGGGGAGGUGGAGGCAGCGGUGGUGGUGGUGGAGGAGGGGUAGGAGGAGGUGGUGGUGUCGGUGGUGGUGGAGGUGGAGGAGGAGGAGGAGGAGGAGGUGGUGGUGGUGGUGGUGGAGGUGGAGGUGGAGGUGGAGGAGGAGGAGGAGGAGGUGGUGGUGGGGGUGAAGGCAGGUGGAAGCUGCACCUCACUGAGAGAGCAGAGUUCCAGUAUUCGCAGAGGGAGCUGGAUGUGACAGAUGUAUUUCUGACCAGGUCCAGCCGAGGAAAUAGGGUUGGAUGCAUGUACAUUCGCUGUGCCCCCAAUGCAAGGUUUACAGUGUUGUUUUCCCAUGGUAAUGCAGUAGACCUGGGCCAGAUGAGCAGCUUCUACAUUGGCUUAGGCACGCGCAUCAACUGCAACAUCUUCUCCUAUGAUUACUCAGGCUACGGUGUUAGCACUGGCAAACCAUCUGAGAAGAACCUUUAUGCUGACAUUGAUGCUGCCUGGCAUGCGCUGCGCUCCCGGUAUGGCAUCAGCCCCGAGAAUAUCAUCCUGUAUGGACAGAGCAUCGGCACAGUGCCCACAGUAGACUUGGCAUCGCGGUUUGAGUGUGCUGCUGUGGUCCUCCACUCUCCUCUCACCUCUGGUAUGAGAGUGGCCUUCCCCGACACCAAGAAGACAUACUGCUUUGAUGCUUUCCCUAACAUCGAGAAGGUGUCAAAGAUCCCGUCUCCAGUGCUCAUCAUCCACGGUACAGAGGACGAGGUGAUCGACUUCUCUCACGGCCUCGCCCUGUUUGAGCGCUGUCCCAAGGCCGUGGAGCCCCUCUGGGUGGAGGGAGCUGGUCACAACGACAUUGAGCUUUACAGUCAGUAUCUGGAGAGGCUACGGCGCUUCAUCAACCAGGACCUGGCUGCACAACACACCUGAGAAACAAACAACAGCCUCUCAGUGUUUGUAUGAAUGAGAGUUGUGUGUGUGUGUGUGUGUGUGUGUGUGUGUGUGUGUGAGAGAGUGAGAGUGUGUGCGUGUGUGAGAGAAGAUGUCAGCAUGUUUGCAAAGUAUGAGUGAGAAUUAAACCUAAAAAGGAUGUGUGACUUUUGCCACAUCUGUGUGUCUUUGAAGCAGCACACCUUAAGGUUAAUUUACAACUAUCAUUUGUUUCCUAUUUUAAAGGUUAGAACGUUUUUUGAUCUUAAUCAAAAGCCUUGUCCAUCUGUAUGGUGCAGUGUGAUGAAAAUGCUAAAAACAAGUACUGAGAUGAAAAAAAUGUGUUUUUCAGUGUGGGAAAAAUUAUGAGUUGCAGCUUUAAAAUGUGUUUACUCACAUGAAUUAAGAAGGAAGAAAAAUGUGCUUUGUCCAAAAAGGCACACAGAUGUAAUUUGUAAGUGUGACAUGUUAGUGAUAUGUAUGUCGAGUGUAUAUUCAUAUCUCCAUGGACCUGUGACACCUGAAGAAUGCGUGCAUGUGAAUGAGUGCAUUCGUGUGUUUGUGUGUGUGUGUGUGUGUCUGUGUGUGUGUGUGUGCGUGUGCGCGAGUGUGAGGCAGUGCUGAAAGAAUUGGACAUCCUGAUAACUUGGACAGCUGCAAGUGGAGGAGGCUUAUGGAGACUUAUCAAUAUUGAUUUUUUUUUUUUUUGCAAGUGUAUGUAUGAAGAAUACCUCCACAGCUUGACCAGUUCUCUCUCCAGUGGACAAACACUGGUCAAGCUCGUUCCCCCCCGACCCCCUCCCUCCCUCCUCUUCCUCCUCCACUCCCUGUUUACCUGUUAAUGGACAUCCAUCUGACUGCCAGGGCAUUUCCCAAGUUGUUGUCCAGCUAACACUAAUCUACUCUUAUUGUGUGGUUUUGGGGGUCCAUCUUCUUUCCUUUGGUGUCAGUUAAUGGCGGAUGCACAAGGACUAGUCUGGAAUACUGUCAUAGCUUCUUGGGUGUCUCAUAGUUUCCUCUCCCUCAUUUCUGACUUGCUGAAAAAAAAAUAUAUCACAGAACAGCCA